AGCGCAUACCAGCACGCAGAAUCUCCGUUCCUCAGCCACGCAUAAUCCUCUGCCCUCACUGUACCCGCAAUGGCUUUCCAGGCUACUGGCGAUGGUGAGGCGAUCAUAAAGCCCGAGGCUAAGGCGCCUGCCAUGGACACGAGCGACUUACCCUUGUUGCUGAAAGACUUCUCUAAACUUAAUAUUCGGUCGGCACACUAUACUCCCAUACCAGCUGGUUCUGAGCCACUCAAGCGCGACCUCAAAUCGUACAUCAGCAAUGGUGUGAUAAACCUUGACAAGCCGUCCAACCCCUCAAGCCACGAAGUUGUCGCAUGGAUCAAGAGAAUAUUACGUGUUGAAAAAACUGGACAUAGCGGUACCCUCGACCCUAAGGUAACGGGUUGUCUGAUCGUCUGCAUCGACCGUGCUACUCGCCUCGUCAAAUCGCAACAGGGUGCCGGAAAGGAGUACGUCUGCGUUAUCCGUUUCCAUGACAAGCUGCCCGGCGGUGAGGCCCAACUUGCCCGUGCUCUAGAGACCUUAACCGGUGCUCUGUUCCAACGACCACCUCUAAUCUCAGCUGUCAAGCGCCAGCUCCGUGUGCGGACCAUCCAUGAGAGUAAGCUUCUGGAGUUCGACAACGACCGCCAUCUUGGCGUUUUCUGGGUUAGUUGUGAGGCUGGCACGUACAUACGGACGUUAUGUGUGCACCUGGGUCUCUUGACGGGCGUUGGCGCGCACAUGCAGGAACUCCGCAGGGUACGGAGUGGCGCCAUGUCGGAGCAGGAUAGAAUGGUCACGCUGCACGAUGUGUUAGAUGCCCAGUGGAUGCACGAUAACCACAGGGACGAGUCGUACCUGCGCACCGUCAUUCAGCCCCUUGAGUCACUUCUGACUUCUUACAAGCGCAUUGUGGUUCGCGAUUCUGCGGUCAAUGCAAUCACGUAUGGAGCCAAACUCAUGAUCCCCGGUCUUCUUCGAUUCGAGUCUGGCAUCUCCCUCCAUGAUGAGGUCGUACUCAUGACCACAAAAGGGGAGGCUAUUGCCAUUGCCUACGCACAGAUGUCCACUGUUGAGAUGUCAAGCUGUGACCACGGUGUUGUUGCGAAGGUCAAGCGCGUUAUCAUGGAGCGUGACCUGUAUCCGAAGCGAUGGGGUCUAGGACCUAUGGCGCAGGAGAAGAAAAAGCUGAAGGCGGCAGGUGCUCUUGAUCAAUACGGCCGACCAAACAGCAAGACGCCAUCAAAGUAUCUCAGCGAAUAUGUUGAUUACAAUGACAACAAGCAGAAGGACAAAGACGCUGCGGAAGAGCAAAUUCUUGCUGAAGCGAGGCAGAAGCCGAGCGAGUCGGAAGUGGCAGAGAAGCCCUCGGAUCAGGAAGCUCGAGAUGUACCGGCUAACGGCGAGUCAGAGAAGAAACGCAAGCAUGAAGGCGAAACUGCAGAGGAACGGGCAGAGCGCAAGAAGAAGAAAGAAGAGAAAAAGGCUGCAAAAGCCGCCAAAAAGGCCGCCAAGGGUGAAGCGUAAACAAGUACUGUCAAGAGAAAGAACUACGACCCGUAGUUUCCUGCCCUACAUGCGGAUGUCCCUUCCUUCGGUUGUCGCACUAUAUACGCCCUUGUGGCCUGGAUACAUCCUGUAGCAUGCAUUGAUUUGCCUCGAAGGAGUUACGGUGCGGACAGGCGUUUGUGCAGGAGUACAGGCAUGCCAUCAUUACCUGACUUUAUUUACCGAUUAUUGUGGGUCUAGAAAAAUGCUCUGGCGUUACAUCUAGGAAUCCUUGCUUCGCCUCCUUUGCUCUUGCGAAGGCUCGAGAUUAGAAAUAUUGUUAUCAAUCCAAAAUGCUGACCGUGCUAUGCUAAGUAACAGCUGAUCGAAUUGUUUUUUUUAACUCUGAUACGAGUCGGACAAUUUACAAGCUAUAUUUGUUGAUUCUCCUUGAUCAGUUCUGUAUGCCUUUGGUACUGGUACUCUUCAUGCUCAUGCUGUGUUUCUUUCCUUU